AUGCCAUCCCUUUUCUUAACAGGAAAACCCAGAGUUGGUAAAUCUACUAUAAUUAGAAAUUUGAUAAAAUAUUUACAAACUACUUAUUCGGAAACAAUUUCAACUCAUGGUUUUUAUACAUCUGAAGUAUCAAAAGAACCAAAUAAUUUUAGGAUAGGAUUUGACAUAAUCACAAUCGAUGGACAAAAAGGUGUACUUUCACGUAAAAAAGAGUAUUGGAUAGGAAAUCCUCCUGAUAAUAAUACACCAAAAGUUGGAAAUUAUAUAAUUAAUUUAAAAGAAUUUGAAAGGUUAGCUAUACCUUCAAUUACUACUACUAUUCAUAAUAAGGAGAAAAAGAUUGAAAAAAAUAAAUUAGAUGUGAUCAUAAUUGAUGAAGUUGGUAAAAUGGAAUGUUUUUCAAAUGAUUUUAAUGAAAUUGUUAGAAAUUUAGUAUUAAAAGAUAAUGAUAGUAAAGGAAAUGAAAAUAUUUUUGUUAUUGGUACUGUUGCGAUGAAUCAUGAUGGUUUAGCUAAAGAGAUUAGAAAUAAAGCUGGAUUUGGAAAUUUUUGUGAAUCAAAAGAUAUAAAUAAAAAUCUUAUAAUUUGGGAGGUUACUUAUGAUAAUAGGGAUUAUAUAGUUGAUAAUAUUGUUUAUGAAUUAGAAAAAAUGAUUAAAUGA